AUGUCUCACUCCGGAAAUCAUCACUACCCUCAUAACCAGCAGCCAACGCCGCCUUCCUCCGGCAUGCAGUAUGCUUAUGAGAACGCGUCCGAAGCACCGCCCAUCACAGGCCAACCUUCAGUCGCGCCUGCCUAUGACAUGAGUAGCUACUCGUACCAGUCUCCCAAGGAGGAAGGCCUUCCCACCACCAUGGAUAGCUACCAGUUCGGCUCCUACACGGCGACUGCACCGUCACAUCCCGACGAGACCACUGGCUCGCCCUCUGUGUACUCGUACAGCCCUGCCAUGAAUGCCGGGAGCUCCCAGUAUCUGACCCAGGCCCAACAGCGUCUCCCGCCGCCCGGUCCGGCCAUGUACUCUCCGUAUGGGGCGCCGCCGACACAGCACGGCCAUCAGCAACAGCAGCAUCCGCAGCACCCGCAAGGCCUGGCACCGCUUCUCUCCCACCCUCGACCGAUGACCUACCGCACCGACCGCACUAUGGCCAGUGACUACUCCAGCAUGGCCCCGAUCGCAUCGCUGGCUCAGGCUCCACAGAGCACCGACGUGCCGGGAGGCUCAAACUACCGCCGUCUGCCACCUGCCACAGUCAACGACCAAAGCCGCACGCCGCGCACCCAGGCUGGCUCCAUCGGUGACGUUAGCCAGCUGUUCCAAGCCAACGGCACUGCUGAUGUGACGAGCCCAAAUCGGCCUCGCUUUGCGUCAGACAGCUUCCGCAAGGCUCUCACGCCCGACAAGGAGAGCCUGUUGGUUUCGGAUACCGACGAAAUCAAGUUGAAUCACCAGGCACCAGAGCAAGCUCAGUUCAUCUUCAACCAGCGCCAGACGCACAGUUCUCUACAAGGCAAGGGACUGUGGGAAUAUGUUGCGUCGAAGUUCCAGGUGGAGUUCCCCGAUGGCCAGUGUUCAAAUGCCCGCCUCCAGAUGACACUCACCCGCGCCAGGCGUCGGUUUGCGAGAUAUCCUAAAUACAUGUUGGAAAACUUCAUGAUGGUCUACGAGAGGGAAGAAAAGGCCAAGUAUGUACGUUACGCCAAAAUGCUCAACGACAUCAAUGCCCAGGAUGGCAAGAGCAAGAGCUUUGAGUGGAAGCCAGCCGACGUUGAGUCGAUUGCCUGUCGCAUUGGUUUCGAGGAGCCGGCUCCAGAUCCCAACACCAGCCUCCGCAACCGCCGCAAUAUCACGCGCAAGAAGCUGCAGGCUGCGAGCUCGUCGCAACGGGGGCGCGCUCAGUCGACGGUGAUGGCGCCCGUGUGGAGCAACAAUGGCUAUAUGCCUGGAAACCAGCAGUACCCCCUUCCGAGUCCACACCAAGCCCACGCCGACGAAGCGUGCAUCUACAACAUUGAGCCGGCGGAUCUGACCGAGGAACAGUCGUCGGCUCUCGCGGAUACUCUGGCACUCCGGCACGGCUCGAACGACUACGCCGAGGACGCACUUAGUUCCGGCCACAGCAACUCGCCCAUUGAUCAAUCUAUGGACAACGCGACCCCCCAGUCUAGCACUUCGACCUACUCGCGUACACAGCAGUCUCCUUCCCCUGGGGGUACGGGCAUGCACCUUCACAUGUCACCUCAUUAG